CUCGGCUUCCGCUGCUAGGGUUCUUCUUCUCCCCCUCGCCGACUGCCACGCCUCUCUUCGCCACCCGCUUCCCGCUCCGUCCCCCGCCGCCGCCGCCGCCAUGGUGAGGCUCAACGCCGACCUGAUAUGGAAGAGCCCGCACUUCUUCAACGCCAUCAAGGAGCGCGAGCUCGACCUCCGAGGCAACAAGAUCGCCAUCAUCGAGAACAUCGGCGCCACCGAGGACCAGUUUGACACGAUUGAUUUGUCGGACAACGAGAUUGUCAAGCUUGAGAACUUCCCUUUCAUGAAUCGCCUUGGCACUCUGUUAAUCAACAACAACAGAAUUACACGUAUCAAUCCCAACCUUGGUGAGUUUUUACCCAAGAUGCAUACUUUGGUGCUGACGAACAAUCGCCUCACAAGUCUUGCGGAGAUUGACCCCCUGGCCUCUCUUCCAAAGCUGCAAUUUCUCAGCUUACUGGAUAAUACCGUAACUAAGCAACCAGAUUACCGGUUAUAUGUGAUCCACAAGCUGAAGCAUCUGCGUCUCCUGGACUUCAAGAAAGUGAAACAACAGGAGAGAGCUGACGCAGCAUAUAAGUUCCACUCAAAGGAGGCAGAGGAGGCGGCAAAGAAGGUUGCUGCCAAAGCUUAUACUCCAGUAGUGAUGGAUUCUCAAGGUACCACAAAAGAUCAGGGCCCUAAAGUAGUCGCUCCAACGCCUGCGCAGAUCACAGCUAUCAAGGCUGCUAUCGUGAACUCUCAGACACUUGAUGAAGUAACAAGGCUUGAGAAGGCGCUGAGCACUGGCCAAGUUCCUGCUGAGUUUGCGCUCCCCAAGCCUGAUACUAACAUGGCUGAGGGGUCAGAGGAAGCUGAAGCUGAGAAGAUGGAGACAGAUGGUCAGGACCAGGAGGAGGAUGGGGCUGAUGAGCAGAAACAAGCAGAUGAAAGCACCCCAAUUCAAGAGGAUUGAUGUCAUGCGCAUACACCUGUGUCGACUGGGACCUUUGUCUGAACCUGGGCGCCAGUUUCCGUUGGGGGAUGAUGAAACCAUGUGUGGCUACUCGAUGCCUAAUCUCACAGAAUUCUCUUGAUGAACGCUCUCCUAGUGUCAGUACUGCUGUAUCUUGUGGAUGCUAACAACGAUUUUCAGUACAUGGUACUGUUGUCCGGGUCGAGGAAGGUUUACGCCCAGCGGACCUAGAUGUGCUGGAUGUUUUAGACUGUAGAAGACGACGCAUCGCGUGCUGAAUGAAUGUUGCUGAGACUCUAGUAUCGCAGUGUGUUGACGACGCCGACUUGCUUGGGCUCCCAUUGUUGUUAAAUUUGCUACGCUACCUAUUGAUAGAGAUGGUUUUCUUGUCGAAUUUGGAUCUUGCUGGGGUUGUAAUUUCAUCAUGAGAGGAAAUAUCUGCAUCAGUUUUUUGCUAGUA